AUGGCUUCCCACGAAGGCAAGGUGAUCGCUAUCACAGGUGCUGCAAGUGGCAUGGGCCUUGCUGCUGCCCAGCUUCUCGCAUCCCGAGGCGCCUCCAUCUCGAUGGCUGAUUUAAAUGAAGAAGCCCUCAAGACAGCUAUCGAUACCUUACCAGGUGGUCACGAGAGGCACAUCGCGAUCCGUGUUGACGUCAGAAAUGAGACCUCCGUUGAUUCAUGGAUCGAGAAGACUGUGCAAAGAUUCGGUAAACUUGACGGAGCUGUGAAUAUGGCCGGGGUCCUAGGGCCUUCAGUGCCGACGACCGAAUUGACCAAAGAGCAGUUGGAAUUCGUUUUCUCUGUGAAUGUCUUUGGUGUGUUCAACUGCCUGCGAGCUCAACUACGGGUCAUGAAGAGCGGCAGCAUUGUUUCUGCGGCUAGUACUUUUGGCCAAAUCACUAUGCCAAACAGCUCAGCAUACUGUUCCAGCAAGGCGGCUGUGAUUGCAUUCUCAAAGUCAACUGCCAAGGAGAACAAAGAUGUCCGGAUCAACUGUGUUGCUCCAGGUACCGUAUAUACCCCUAUGUCGGCACACAAUGACCCAAAACGCGUGGAGUCAGGUAUUCUGGCGAAUGCACAGCGAAGACUUGGUUCCGCAGAGGAGGUUGCGAAAGUCAUUGCAUUCCUACUCAGCGAGGAGUCAACAUUUGUGACUGGGGCCGUUUACAAUGUCGAUGGCGGUUGGGACUCUCACAAUGCAUGGAUAUCACCGUGUGCAUUGCCAUACCUGGCAUGCAUCCCAGCAAUUGUUGCCCUACUCAUAGCAGCGAGUCAUCUGUUGGGACAAUUCCCACAUUGGCGUCCAAAGUGGACCAUCCCAUUCAUUUCCGAGCAGCACGAUCUUCUCGAGCUUCCGCUGGAUCGUCCAGCACAGUCUUUGGGUUGGACCACUUCUCUGCUCAUCUUCUCGGCAAUUGGCCUUACAGCCGAUCUUAUCCAGUUGGUCCCCCCGGCGGUCAAUUGGUUUGAUGUCAUCAUUGUCUUCUCAUGGACGGUCGCUUCAAUUCUUAUCGCGGUCAAGCGACCAAGAGCGUGCUCAAUUGUAUUGUUGGCAUUUUAUGUCCUACUACUUGCAGUUGAGAUUUCCUUGGCUGCCAGUUCAGAAGCAAGUCUGGAUUUCAAGGUUGUUGCUCGCUAUAUUGCCGCGGCAGCAUCGGCAGCAGCAUCCACGGCGAUUCUUCUGAUGCCUUUUCGUGAAACUUCAUUGCCGUCUGUUGAUAUAAGCACCGUUGGUCAGCAGCCCUCCAGUGAUUUCCGUACCCCCGAGGACAACCUCAGGCUCUGGCAAUUUCUAACGGUGUCCUGGAUGGCACCCCUUAUCUCCACCGGGUGCAACAGACAACUCAAUGAGGAUAAUGUAUGGUUGCUUGGAUUUGACUUCCAGCACAGCCGCCUCCACGAGAAAUUUCGUCGACUUCGUGGCUCUGUGCUCGGUCGACUACUACGCGCGAACGGAAUUGACGUUUUUAUCAUCUCUACGAUUUCGAUUGUCCAGUUGCUUUGCGAUUUUUCAACGCCGGUAUUGCUACAGCAGCUGUUGCAGGCUAUGAAGGACCCAUUGCGGCCAAAGCGUGUGGCUUUGACAUAUGCUCUGAUUUCCUUCGCCUUGCGACUCGUCGCUGCUCAGGCACAGGUUCUGCUGCUCUGGUAUGGUCGAAGAUCAUAUGAAAGAUCCAGAGGAGAGAUGAUCAUGAUGGUCUACGAAAAAGCACUCUCAAGAAAGAACAUACUUGGAGUUAUGAUUCAAGAGAACCCUGAAGAGCCCGAUAAUGAAACCAGCGGCUUGGACAACGGCGUAUCGCCUGAACUGGACGAAUCCCCGGCCAAACCCACAGAUAGCCUUUGGCGGCGCAUCAUCUCCCAAAGAAAUCGAACGAAAAUACCCCCACCGAAAAAAGCCAAGGAAGCGGCCUCGCUCGGCAAAAUCUUCAAUCUUUUGCGAGGGGAUGUUUAUGAAGUCGCGCAGAGGUUCUGGGAAGUCGAUUCGUUGAUCAACCAGCCACUGGGGCUCAUAAUUGCAACCAUCCUUGUGUGGACACUUUUCGGUCCUUCUUGCUUCCUGGGAAUAUUAGCUGUCCUGGUCGCACAAGUCAUUAAUGCGUUGAUCACCAGAGUCCUCCUCCGAUGGGAACGUGUUAGGCGAGCAGCCACAGAUUCCAGGCUUCAAAUCACCUCACAAUUUGUCGAAGCAAUCCGUCAUCUACGAUGGUACGGAUGGCAAAACCACUGGCUUCAACAGGUAAUGGAGGCCCGGCAACAUGAAUUGAAUAUUCGGAUUGUCACCAGUCUGUGGAGUAUCAUGAUUCGCUUUGUCAAUGCAUUCGCGAGUGGUGCGUUUCCUGUCGUCGCGCUCUAUGCGUAUACAUUUCUGGCUGGCCAUGAGCUGCGCAUUGACAUCAUUUUCCCUGCUUUGCAACUUUUCUCCAUGCUCGAAAGUCGUUUGCGAGAUAUUCCAGGUCUGAUAGCUUCCUUGAUUAAUGCGUCUAUUGCUCUCGGUCGUAUUGAAGAUUUCAUGUCCGAGCCCGAUAAGAAGAUCAUGCCUUCUGAAUUGACCGAAGGUGAUACCGCGAUUUCCAUUGAGUCUGGCUCAUUUGCAUGGCCAGGCAAGGUCACACCCGUCCUCGUUGACAUCAACGUCAACAUCACGAGGGGUCUGACUGUUGUGACCGGCAAGGUCGGUGCUGGGAAGACAGCAUUCCUGCAGGCUCUUCUUGGUGAGCUUGAUACUGUUGGUGGCUCCGUUCACAUUCCGAAUGAAAUGGUAGGAUAUUGUGCACAAACACCAUGGCUACAAAGCAUGAGUAUUCGAGACAACAUUCUUUUCUCUGCACCUUACCAGGACAAACGUUACAAACAAACAUUGGAAGCAUGCGCUCUACUUCCAGAUCUCUCCCAAUUCAAGCAUGGUGAUCUAUCUUUUGUUGGAGAAAAUGGUAUUGGUUUGUCCGGAGGUCAGAAAGCGCGGGUAGCUCUGGCAAGGGCCGUCUAUAGUGCAUCCCGAGUUCUCCUCCUGGAUGAUCCCUUGUCGGCACUUGAUCAUAAUACUGCUGAAUCGGUGGUCCGCAAAUGCCUUUUGGGGCCGUUAAUGAAAGAUCGCACUGCUGUGUUGGUCACGCACCGAACAGCGUUAGUGCGGCAAUUCGCAGACCAAAUUAUCGAUAUCUCCGAAAAACAUGCAGUUGUGUAUGACAAACAAGGCGUCGCCCUUGAUCAAUCUGACACACCGUCUACAUUCAUGGACUAUGAGGACGAACAUGAAGCACAAACUACCCCCGAAGAAGAGGCGGCUGCCGUCCCUGCUAAGUUCAUUGAGGAAGAACAUCGAGCAGAAGGGGGUGUCAAGGCUCGAGUCUAUUGGAAUUACAUCAAGGCCGGAAAGUAUCGAUGGUGGCUUGCCCUGGUUCUAAUUCUGACAAUUUACCGAUUGAUGGCUGUCGGGCAAUCCUGGUUCCUCAAGGGAUGGGGAGAAGCAUAUGAACAGACAACGGCAAUGAAAGCAAGUCCACAAAACUUGACUAGCCAACAAGGAUAUACCUGGGCAGUUCCAUCAAGUUUAGAUGCAUUGUUUACUCCCCGAAGUCCGAUGGAUCAAUUGCCUUCUCCUCGAGAGGAUGUUCGGCCCUGGCUGUGGACUUUCUUUGCAAUCAUCUCGCUGCAGGCUGCUACCUUGUUAGUCGCGCAACUGUUGAUGCUUAUCAUUGUGUACUGUGCUGGACAGUCGCUUUUUCGGCAGGUUUUGGUUCGUGUCAGCCAUUCCACGUUCCGCUGCCUGGAUACGAUUCCUCUUGGGCGGUUGAUGAACCGUUUGACCUCUGAUAUUGGGGUGGUAGACGGGAAUAUCAGCGAGCAGUUCCAGGCCAUCGCCUUCCAGGCCAUAACCUGGGUAUCGUCUGUCCUGGUCAUUGCUACCGCUACCCCUAUGUUUCUUCUGUUCUCUCUAGCUCUCACAGUAGCAUUUGUCAUGGUAUUUCGCCGGUUCCUGCCUACGUCGCAGAGUCUGCGCCGGCUUGAGAUGGUAUCUCUCAGUCCUCUCCUAUCCAAUUUCGGGGAACUACUGCACGGCCUGACCACAGUCCGGGCAUUCCGCGCCGAAUCUCGAUUCCAAAGCCGUGUCAUAUCAGUCGUCGAUAAGUUCCAGGGCAUGGAUCAUUUUUACUGGUCACUCCAGAGUUGGCUCAUGUAUCGUUUUGAGAGCUUAUCUGCAUUCUCCACGUUCUGUCUGACUGCGUUGGCUCUAUAUACAAACACCACACCUGGGUUGGUUGCGUUUGUACUUAUUGCGGCGAACAACUUUGUCGAGUCCACACAUGCCCUCUGCAAACAAUACGGUCAACUCCAAAUGGAUUUUGUGUCGGUGGAACGAGUUGACGAACUCCUUCAUAUUGAAGAAGAAGCCCCCGGGUCAAUUUCUCCUCCAGCCGCAUGGCCCACUUACGGCAGCGACAUCGUCUUCGAUGAUGUGACUCUCCGCUAUGCGCCACACCUUGAUCCAUCGCUGAUGGGUGUCUCUCUUCGCAUCCCUGGAGGAUCCACCAUCGCAGUCACCGGCCGUACAGGUAGUGGUAAAUCAACACUAGCCAUGUCGCUUCUAAGUGUGAUCAAACCAGAAUCAGGUCGGAUUCUCAUCGACGGUAUCGACAUCGCCGAGGUGAGCACGCAGGCACUACGGACGCGUGUCACCUUUGUUGCGCAGGACCCAGUUCUUUUCCCCGGCAGUAUCAGGCUAAAUCUAGAUCCGACGGAAGAAUAUUCGGAUGAGCAAUGCACGGAGGUCUUGGGGCGAUUAUGCAGUCGGCAUGGUUGGGAUCUUGAGACGCACAUUGAAGCUGGGGGAAGAAAUCUCAGCCAAGGUCAACGUCAGCUCAUAGCCCUCACUCGGGCUGUUCUUCGACGCAGUGCCAUCGUUAUCUUGGACGAAGCGACUGCCUCCGUUGAUCAAGAGACUUCGCUUGAGAUCCAGCAGAUCAUCAGGGAGGAACUGCAGCAGUCCACCGUUCUUACGAUCGCGCAUCGCAUAGAGGCUGUCAAGGAUGCGGAUUACUUUGUUGUUUUAGACCAGGGAAAGGUUUCACGGGAGGGACAUGUGCGAGAUCUGUAG